GGCUGAACUGCACUAGUAAUUCUCUCUCCAGAGCGGCUGCAAAUGUAAUCUGGAGCAAUAAAUAAAAAAUAACCUACUCUGGGUAUUGUGAAAGGAAACAAGCAGAGGCUACAAGGAACUAUUUUACCAUGUUAUAAAAAUAAAUAGGAGGGUGGAGUUACAGAAUGACAGAGAAAACCACAACGGAUAAAUCAACCUGGAAAAAUAUUGAGUUUCUUUUAAAGCAUUGACGGCUGGAGGAGUGAGAAGUGUGUCUGGUAUCCCAAUGAUGGAGACAUAGCAGGAGGAGGAAUGAAAAGUAUCCAGAAAAAAAGUGGAAGGCAGAGACUUUCAGGAUUUCUCUUGCAUAUUAAAGCAGCAAGACUGAAUGCACCGUGAGGUAUGGAUUUAAAUAAGUAGGAAUUCCAGGCUUCAGACAAACUUGUUUGCGAAAUACUUAGCACCAUGACAUAAGGGUGGUGCCUUAGUCUAUCAGUGAUAUACCAUAAAAGCAAUAGACAGCUGAGGUUAAAUCGGUUCAUCCUUUAGUGGAAUUGAAGAAAAGCAUUUUGGAAGAAUAUACAUGUACGUACUUUUUUUCAAAUCUGAACAAAUUGGAUUGAUGUGGAUUGAACAAUUUUGGAAUUUAAAUGCCAACGCAAUAGAAGAGUCUCAUCUUUGACUGCAGAAUGACACGUACUAUCGUGUACCUGGGCAAUGCUUUAUGUGAUGAUAACUGGUAUUUCUGAAUUACUGGCUGGUUUCUAGAAAAACUGAAAUAUCCAGAUAAAUUGCUUUUAUUUUUUUAUAAUUUUUUUUUUUAUAUGGCUUAUUUUUUAGAAUACUUUUUCUUUUGCGAAUAAGCACAAUAGCUUUAUUUUUUGAGAUUUUCCCCCACAUUAUUUUCAAGGUUAAACUGAUUAUUUCAAAAUGUGUGCCAAUAUUGUAUACGAGUGGCUUAAAACUUUACAGCUUUCUCAGUACACGGAAUCUUUUGUGGAUAAUGGUUAUGAUGAUUUGGAGGUUUGCAAGCAGAUUGGUGACCCUGAUUUGGAUGCGAUUGGGGUAAUGAUCCCGCAGCACCGCAAAAAGAUACACGAUGCUGUCCAGAGACUAAGGGAAGAGGAGAAAGAAGCUGCAAAUGGAUUAUAUUUUACAUUGGAGCCACAGGUAGCCUCCCCUAUGCCUGACAUCUAUACCAGCCAUUUGGUGGAGCAGUAUGAAACCAAAGCCUGGAAAGAAGCUCAGGGACACAAACCGGUGCAAAGGAGUAACAAGACCGGACACCUUAGCAAAAACCUGGUUACUUAUCCAAAACUGAAAUUAAAGAUCAUGAUAAGGGAUAAACUAAUCCGGGAUGGAGUCAACCUCAGCAAGCCACCUUUCUCCAAAAAGGUAAGAAACAUGUAAAAAUUAAAAUGUUUCACAUGCCAAUAGCUGAAACCUUUGAAAGCAGGUUUGUGAGCAACACUGUUCUUGGGCAAUGCAAGAGUUACUGUUUUUUUCCCAGUCAUGCCUCCCUAAAUCACUUUGUGUAGAUAAUUGUUGCAUUAUCCCAUUGUACAGCGCUACGGAAUUUGCCGGCGCUAUAUAAAUAAUAAAAUGAUAAUAAUAAUUAUCUGUAAGGGCUUGUGGGGGCAGCAGUGAGUUAAUUUAUUUAACAAGAUCUUUUUAAUAAUGUAUUAUACUGUAUCUACUUUGUAUUUGACUCUAAAGAUUUGAUGACGAUAUAUAAUAUACUGUCUUAAUGGAAAUAGCAGCCAGGAAACAUUUCAAGGAUAGGCAGAGCUUCAGAAAGUGGUACCAGUUACAGUUGUACAACUGCAAUCUACAUACAAUAAACUUUCUAAGCUUAAGCUUUUAAGUUGAAUAAUGUUUGUGCUUUGUCUGUACAUUAAAUUUUACUUGAUUUUAGGCAAUAUCCCCUACUUGGCAAUACAAUUAGAAAAGCACCUCUCAAACAGGGUACACAAUAACAUUGCUCAUAUAUGUUGCAGUGCCAUUUUAUAGUCACACACUUCAUAUCAGAACUAUGCAAUCAAGGCUAUUUAACAGUAAACAAAAACCGCAACUCUCUACCUUUUGUAGUCUGGCAAAGGAUCAUGGGAGUUGUUGUUUAACUGGGAAGACUAAGCCAUAUCUUACACACUUGCAUGCUCAUUCACAAUCAUUGUUAAAUCUUUGAGGAUUUCUGAGGGCCCCAGGAGCACUGUAAAUUCAUCUUCUCUUCGUUAAUGCUCAGCAGGUCCGUUCUCCCUGAGCUUUGUGUUAUGCUAACAAUUUAAAUCUAAUUUGAAGAGUGAAUAUAAUUUGCCAUAGAGCUGGAUUUUGUUCUUAAGAGAUAUAUAUGUGUGUUAUCAUAGCAUAUCUAAAAUCAGUUCGAAACACGUCUGUCCUGAAAAUCUAUCUUGUUUUUUGGCAAAUAUUGAAAGGAAAACAUGUGAUGCGGAUCUGAUUUGCACGUGCUUUGUUUUAUAGCUCAUGCAAUGUAUUACUUUUUGGAGGGGGUAGCAUUAUUACAUUUUAACUGGAAGAUGUUUGUCGUGGUAAAGUGUUCAAGGCUACAAAUACAGAGCGUAUCUUAUUCUAACAAGGAUAUAAUAACAGUGGGAUUAUCAAAUGUGUCUUUUUUUGCAUUCCAAGGAUGUUUUCACUAAAGCGUACCAUGAAUUCUAAAUGUAUGUUAAGGAAUGCAUGCAUAUUUUGCAGCUUAGAAUAAAGCAGCACAACUUCACCCUGAAACAUUCAGAAAUUUUUUUUUUUUUCUUACAAACAUGGUUAUAGGGGUUGGGGUGGGGUUAAUGUCAAGAUAUGUUUUUUGAGUAAAAUAAUUCAACUGUACACAUUAUGUGUCUGCAAAUAAAAAUGGUAAUCACAUAAAAAUGGUAAGAACCUGUAAGAGGCAACAACUGUUAAAAUGUAUAAACGGGAAAAGUACAUUUAUUAGAUGACUUCUUGCAUCUUUAUUUUCAGCCAUUCUGUUUUGGGAUUUUCUGUGCUGUAAAAAGUUGUCAUGUGAGAAUAUCCAGUCUCAAUACUGUCCCUUCUAGUUUACACAUGUAAGGCCCAUUUAAAUAACUUAGCACAUUCCAACCAAGCCUAGAGGCAGAAAUAGAGCUAACAUGACCAUGCUUAAAUAUUAAAAAUAGUAGAAAUAUUUAUCUCCCUCAUUGUCUUCAUUUUAUAAAGCACCUGUCUUACAAAAUAACAUGGCAUCACUUAAUAGAUUAUAAACGGUACUAGCCAAAAUUCUAUGAUUGUGUAAUAUGUUAUUCCAUGGUGGAUAUUGCAGUGCAUCUUUCUUUUUUUUCCUAUGACAAUCAUGUUUGGACUAACAAUUGUGAUCAUUCGGAUGCUCCAGUACCCAUGUGAUUGGUAUAAUAGUAGCAUAUACCUGAAUUUGCAUGCAUUCUCCUUGCUUUGUUUAUUGCUGCAAGCUAUUUUUAGAGAAAGGGUGACUCACUAAAGUACUUACCAGGAGUUCAAAGUGAAUUUCAAAAGUGAGGCCAAAGUAGAACAAUUGUCCAAGUAUUAGAAAAUUAUUUUUCAUUCCUAGAAAUUCUCAGUUUAGUGAAUAUGCAUUUUGGAGCAAGUAAAUAUACAACUGAGUUCACCAAUCAGGAAUCAAAUGUAAAGUGAAUACAAAAUUACAUUUUGCUGUUGAUUGAUUAUCAUAAUCUAUAAUAAUAAUAUUAUAAUAUACAUUUUAACACCUUAAAGACCAAAUGUUACACUUUGCUGUGGGAACUAUGACAUAUAGGAAUAUUAUCUUAAAAAUAGAAUUGAGACAGAUUAGAUCACUGGUUCUUAAGGGGUUAAUGAAUGACCAUCCACACAUUUUGGAACUGGCAGGUACACUAUAUCUAUACACUAUCUUACUCAUCUCUAUAUAAUGUUCUCAACUGUCAGCGGCUACAAACCUGUCGUUUAAAAGGUUAAUUCUUUAGAAGGCAUAGUUUACUUGCUAGGAGGUGUAUAUAACAGAUGUAGGGAUUUUUUAAGGUUCUAAUGGAUUGUAGCAAUGUGUGGCAAGUAACUGAAUAAUACAUACAGGUUCUAUGCAAAAUAUUCAUAACUGUGCAAACGUUAACCCUUGCAAAAGGUUAGUGUCCUUCAUGACAUAUGUUAGUAAAGAAAGUUAAAGGGAAGAUGACUCAUUUAGAAGUACUUUAAUUUGCCCAAUCAGUUUGACAAAGUAAGCCAAUGAGUAAACUGGUUUAAUUACAUAUGUUUGUCAUUUGUAAAAGAAACCUUACCACUAAAAUGCAUUGUGAAAUUAUUCUGUCUGAGCUAACGAAACAAAUUAUUACCCCAAAUGUAUGUGAGCUAGGUUCAUAAACCAAAGCCAUAUGGAAAUCAAUACAUGCAAAAUAAUCAUAAUGCCAUAUACAUUGAAAAUGUUUAGUAGCUCCAAUGGAUGGUGGAAAAAAUAACAAUUUGCCCAAAAUGUUGCACUUUUGUUUCAUCUGAGAAAGCAGAUUCAGAAUGGGAUAUUAUACAUAUCUUAAUAUUAUGAAUUGGAAAAUAAAUCACUAGGAUCAAUGUGUACAUGCUGAAUUCAAUUAUCAUUAUAACUCAAAAGGAGACAGCUGCCACUUUGCCAAUAAAAGAGAAGACGUUUUAAUUUGUGAGCAGUGAUAUUUUUUCAUAAUGUUUGGCAGUACACAGUUUGGUUAAAUAUCACAGCAAAAAAAAAAAACUAACAGGGAAAUAUAAACACUGGAUGAACAAAGCGUGUUUUUUUUUUUUUUUUGCUUUGCGUGGUUAAAUGCACUCCAGGCACCCAGAUAACUUCUGACCAUUGGAGUAGUCUGGGCGCCAACUCCCACCACCUUUAACCAACUCCCACCACCUUUAACCCUGCAAGUGUAAUUAUUGCAGUUUUUAUAAACUGAAAUAUUUACCUUGCAGGGUUAAUUCCUCCUAUAGUGGCUGUCUAUCAGACUAUGCAUUAGGACUUCCAGCGUCACCAGAAUCCCCAUAGGAAAGCAUUGAAUGAUGCUUUCCUAUGGGGAGGUCUAAUGCGCACACGGCCAUUGCCGCGCAUGCGCAUUAGGUCUCCCCCGCCUGCUGACGUCAGCAGGGGAGGAGCAUGGGCGGGGCCUGACCCAGUGCCGAGGGACAUCGGCGCUGGAUUCAGGUAAAUCACUGAAGGGGUUUUACCCCCUUUAGCAACUUGGGAUGGGGGGUGGGAGGGAGAGGGGCACUGUAGGGUCCUUCAGUGCCAGGAAAACGGAUAUGUUUUCCUGGCACUGGAGAGUCCCUUUAACUUGUUAUUUUUUUUUAUUGGUGUGAUGGGUUAAACUUUUAACAAUUUGAGAGACUUUGUGGCUAACUAUGGUCUCUUUUUGACAAUUAAAGCACUACACUGGUAUGCUGAAUCAUGCAGUUGCAUUAAACUCUUUCAGUGUAACAAUUCUACAUCUCAGCAUUAACCUUUGAAUAUAAGCUUUAUUUUGAGUAGUGCCCUCAGCACUGUCUAUGUCUGUGUUUCCAACUUGUCUUGUGGCAGCUGCUUGUUUGUUAGUCCUCCUAUUGUUCAGCACUGCAGAGUUUGUUGGUGCUUUAUAAAGAGGUAGUUUCCCUGACUGCAGAAAGUCUGCUCUACAAUAAGCAAGAGAUCUAACAAGCUAUUUUAUCAGCCUCUUUUUCAGCAGCUUUUCCUUUAUCACUUGGGAGUAUUAAAGACAGAGUUUACCAUUGACUUCAGUUUAUAGGUCCCUGAGACUAGCAAUAGGUUAUUUCAUCUACUCAUUGUUAUAGUGAGAGCUAAACCUGCAAAACCUGGUCUGGAUUCUGCUAUGCAGUCGCCAUGUUUGUUGGGCCAAACUUGCUCUGCAAAUAUUUUACCUCAGAGAUUGAAUUAAAUGUUGAAAUAGAAAUUAGUUUGUGUGCAGGUUAAAAGGCGUUUCAUCUGUUGUUAAGAAACUAAAAGGCAUUUUUUGCAGUCUAGGAUGGAUAUUCACUGAGCUCAAGGUUGUAGAAAAAUGAAAUCUACAUGGUAACAUUUACUGGGUUAUAUACUAAAUUGAGAAUUCUUGUUAAUUUUUCACAUCUGAUUUAGUUUACUACAAUUUCAAUUUUAUUGAAUAAGCCCUGUAGAAAAUGUGCUCUGUUUCCUCAUAUGCAUACAAGGGAAGCAUAAACAUUUCAUACUCCUCAGUCCUGCCAUUCCAUGUUUGUUCUCUGGUGUCCCCAAUGUCUCAAAUAAGCAAACUGCGAACAUAGAUUACAUGUGCUUACAUUGCGCAAAUAAAGUGCUGACACUGCUCAAUUUUAGGAGGACCUGCCUAUACCAUGUCAUCAGUGACAUGCAUUGCAUUAUUGGCACACCCCUUAACUAACCUGUUUUGCAAUUACUCUUAUAUUUUAUUACAUCAACGCCUAGAAAUCAUAGAUCUUUUUUAUUUAUUACAUAUAUUAUGUUCUGCUUAUUAUGUAAUGUACUCCACUGAGAACCUUAUUAUCAAGUUAUGCCAAGUAAUUUGAAAAAGGACUUGCUUUCCUGCCUUCCCAAACUGAUGACAGGAUUCCAGUUAAAACUUGAAAAUGACAUCAAUGCAAAAUGGUGAUUUUGUGCAAGUGGACAAUAACUUUUAUGAGUUUUGCUACUGUUAGGGUCUCACAAAACACCACUAAUCCAAACAUGCAUGGGUUAAAGGUUUAAAAAACAAAAUCACAAUUUUUUCUGCACAAGACUGAAAACAAUUAUGUAAAAAUCUUUCUUAACCUCACCACACCUAUCAUAGCUACCACCAAACACCACAAAGGCAAUUUUUAAAUGGGGCACUUUAGGUUAUUCCACCAAAUCAAAUUUAAACACCUACAGUUUAGUCAAAACACAUAUAAAACCAGAAGUUAUGAUAUAAGUCUCUUCUGUAAAAAGAUUCUUAUAUCAGACAAAGGCAGAACAUUUGUUAUUAACACAAAUGGUGACAGUGCAUACAUGUAAAAUAAGUUACAAAAAACGGUAUAUACACCAGAUACAGAUAAAAGAAAAAAAGUGUCAUUUAUCAAAUUAACCUGAUACUCACUGUUUUCAAGAGCUUUUUUUUAAGGAAAAUAUAAACCCAUUUCAAAUCUGAAAGCUCUCGAAGUGUUCUUUAGGUUUUUAGACUAUAUUGGAUAUACUUUUUUGCUAAUCCCAUUGACAAAGCUGGUCCUUGGAGGAGGGGCAAGGGUUGCAGGAAUUCCAGUUUUAUGAGUGGCAGCUAAUGUAUUCGAUAACCUGGCUGAAAAUGUACAAAGCUAUAUCCUUGUACAGAUGCUGCUGAUAUCUUUGUGACCAGGCCAGGUCAUCGUGGUGAAUCCAGAUAAAUAAUUUAAGACAAAACAUGACAUAUAUCUCAUCCAGAAUGCCAAAACAAAAUAUCUUCUAAAAUCACUUCCCAAACUUCAAGUGAAUUAUCCUUUUUGCAUUAAACUUGCAAUAUACAUUAUAAGUAUGGUAACAUUUCACAAGCCCUCUCUGACAAUCUAUUUGACAAGGUCUGGUAGUAAAUAUUACUGUACCUCGGAGAUCAGUCAGAAAAUUUCUCUACCCUGUUUGGUUUAGGAAUAGGAAAAUAAAACAUACCCUAAUUGCUGUACCAUUUCAGAUUUUUCCAGGCACCAACAAGAUUCAACCCAUUGCUUUCUCCUUAUAGGUCUUUAUUAAAAGCGGCCAAAUUAACACUUAGUACACUGUAAUCAAUCAUACCACCUAGAUUUAGUAACCAUUUCAUUCACUACACACAUUAGUUAACCAUAUUUUGACAAUGAAACAAUGAAUACAAAAGUUUCUGAGAUUUUAAAGGGCUAAAUCUCUGUUGAAUCGAUUGAUAUACCUGAGAUUUACCUGUGCUGUCCUAUUUCAUUAAUUAGAUAUCAGAGGUAAAUCCCGAUGGAUCAAUGCUUUCGGACAUAGAUUAAAAAGAAUUUGAUUAGUUCGUAACAGCUGAAAUGCAUUUGUCACAAGUCUACUAGUCAGAUGUGAUCAAAAUUUAAAAAAAAUCUGUGAUCUUAAAUUAAUCUACACUGAAUUUGUAAUUUAUUCCAUUAAAGUGUAGCAUACAUCUCAACAGCCCUUGAUUCAGCAGGACAGUCCCAAGCAAAAUGGGGUUCUGGGUUUGAUCUCUGGUGUCGGACUUCUGGGUCACCAGACAGAAGACCCAAAUAAGUCAAAGGUAUGAGUGUACCUUUAGACAAGUUAGUGCUCUGUGCAAGGACUACCCUGGAUGGGGGGAUGAUAUUGUAUGCAGCAAAUGGGCCUGCCCUUCAUAUUACUAAAAAUCUCUCUUUUUUUUCCCUCCAAAAUUCAUACCUUUUAGUGUUGCCAGGUAUGCUAAAGGGACUUGAUUUUUAAUUCACUAACUAAAAAAAUGUUGUUUAGAAAACAAAUACAAUAUCAAUAUGUGUUUGUGGCAUGCAGUUAUUGGUUUGCAAGGGCUUUAAGCAAUAAUGCUACAUGAAUUUGUUACUCAGAUGUAAUGUCUGUGCAUAUCCAAGAUUUUCCACAUUGACCAUUUUAUAUUGACUUGUAGGGAUCUAAAACACGAUUUUUUAAGGUAAAAUUGAACAUGCAUACAUAUUACAUUUCAUAUUUUAAUAUAGUUUUCUAUAAAAAAAAAUAUAGGCCGGUUAAGACUUUCAUAAUGACAGGUACAGUAAAUGCAAUUUUAUGACAGUAAAAGCAAUAUUCCAAGUAAUUUUUAAGUAUUAUUUCCCUUUAAGCCUCAGAUGUGUUCAUGGAAGCUUCUCUGGGCAAAUUAAAUGGGCUAGUCUAAUCAAAUAGGGAUCAUACAGUGUGCGUUCAUUUCUUGAAGCUGUUAAAUAAUUGUCUGUGGCGUCACAAUCCUAUAAUCUUUUAUUAAAUGCUUUGUUGCUAAUACAACCCUGUAAUAAAAGUUAAGUAUUAUGCAUGCAAUGGAUGAAUACUACAUUAUAUGAAGGUUUAAAUACAAAAGUAAAUAUUUGAUAUCAUGCUAGUUAUAUUGUUGGUGAUUUCUUAUUUUCAGUGUUUACGCAGAUCUGCCAAGAUGUGUAUGCAACUUAAUUAUAUAGUAUAACUUAAUUUUAAGUGUUACUGCUCUUUUAAGACUAAUGAAUAAAAAAACAACAAUCACGUCAGUGAAAGUUUCCACUAAUCAGAGAAACAUUUGCUUUUCUUCUAUGGGGACAAUUUGUCAGCCUGCUAGAGAGGGACUGAAAAUGAUUUUACCUUCCUCCCUUAACAUUUUUCUACCUACCGCCCACUAAUGCAUCUUACUUGAUGGAAAAAUUUCCUUACCGCCCACCAGUUUUCGCGCAAGUGCGUAAUAUUUUUUAGGAAGGAGGGUGUUUUUAAAAAAAAAAAAGUACGUACAUUUAUCUUUUUAUUUUUACUUAAUGCAUGUUAAUAAUGUUUUUAACUUUAUAAAGUUUAAUGAGAAAACAAUAAAGUAAAUUGAAAUUACCUUUACUAGUGAUUAAUGAGAUCCAUGAGGUUAAUGCUGUGAGACUAAAUAUUUGAUAUCUGGCUUGAUUUUCGUAAGGAACAAACGAAGGUCUCCUCUUUCGGUGAUAUUCAGACGACUUCUCUGUUUGCUGAUAAUAUGAUUUCUCAUCUGUGCGUCAGCUCCCCUCCUCUCCCUCCUCAAUUCCCCUCCCCACCUUUUUUUCCCCAUUUUUCUAUUUUUUAACCUUCCUUAUAGCAAUGCCCAGUAGGAAGGCUGAGAUAGGUAGCCCACUUACUAUUACUUACUAUAGCCCACUAUAACAGACAGGCACACACACACACACACACACAUACACACACACAAGACACACAUACAUACAAAGACACAUACAUACAGACAGGCACACAUACAUACAUACAGACAGGCAAACAUACAUACAGACACACACACACACACAUACAUACAGACACACACACACAAGACACACAUACAUACAAACAGACAGGCACACAUACACACAGACACAUACAUACAGACACACACAUAAGACAUACAUAGACACAUACACACACAUACAGACAGACACAAGACACACAUACAUACAAAGAUACAUACACAUACAACACAUACAUACAAAGACAAGACACAUAUACAUAUACACAUAUAUACAGACACACACACAAGACAUACAUACAAAGACACAUACAUACAAAGACACAUACACACAAACAAACACACACACACACAAUAUUUUAGUCACCCUCCUGUUUCCUACCUUUUAGGUGCAGGAGGGUAACUUUCCCUGGGGUUCAGUGGUGGCUCAGGUGGAUGGGAGUCAGAAUUCCAACUCUGACUCCCUCUGCUUCCUCCCGCUCGGUCUGUGUGUUAGCUGGGAGGAGUGACGUGCAGUCACUUCCUCCCAGCUCUGUGAUAUAAUCACAGGGGGCCCGGUCGCGCUGUUAAAGCGCCCAGCGCUGACCAGGCCCCCUUACAAUCCAUAACCAGCGGGUGGCCCUGACAGCAUGGGCCACCCGAUGAACUCUGGGGCCGCAAAUGGUGAUGGCGGGUACCAGGUCGCAGGUACCGCCAGCUCGCACCCGCCCGCCCAAUCUCUCAAAAUGAGGAAAUCCCUACUGUCCACCUGGAAUCCUGAAACACCCACUAGUGGGUGGUAGGGACCAGGUUGACGACCCAUGCUGUAUACAAACAUCUAUAGCUCGAGAUAGAUUGGAUGCUUUCUAGCAGUUGACGAGGGUAGCAUGUGCUUUGGGUAUGCUGUAUGGCUUUCUUGCAAUAAGAGGUCUGCAAUUUACAAAGGUCUGUUCUUACUGUAUGUAGGCAUUGUUCUAUAUAUAUAUAAAUAAAGAUAAUUUUAAUGUCUGAAAUGCAACAUACUGUAAAUGAUUAAAAUCAUUAAUUUUUUGUUUUACCCACUUUUCUGUUAAGAAUCAAAAAAUACAUGAAAUAUAAUAAUUACAUCCCAAUGUGUUAGAUGUCUAAAGCAAGCUAUGAACAACAUUUUUUCAAAUAAAUUUUUUUCUAAACAAAAAUAGCUCAGCAGUGAAAAAAUAUAUAGGCAAUUUAACAGUCUUCACAGCAGCAGAAUUAUGUGUUCAGACACUUAACAGUAUUGUACUUCAAGCAAUGACAAAUAUUCAAUAGCAUUAGUCAGCAGAAAAUUCCCGUAACUAACAUGCACAAUCCCAGCAGAUUUAUAAGACUGCUAUAGAUUGUCAUGAUAAGCUGCAUACCUAAUAUUUAUUUUAAUAUUUUAACCUCUUAAGGACACAUGACAUGUGUGACAUGUCAUGAUUCCCUUUUAUUCCAGAAGUUUGGUUCUUAAGGGGUUAAAUGAUGUAAAACUGUGGUGCCCAACCUUUUUUUGAGCCAAGAUCUACUUUCAAAGUUGCCAGCCCGUGGAGAUCUACCAGUUCACACAGGAAUCAGUGUCCAUUGCCUAUCAGUGCAUUUAACAUGCACACAAUAAACAUACACCCCAUUCAGAUAUCAUAAACAGUAGUUUGUAAAUUGCAAAGCUGUGGGAAUAAAUGUAUCUCCCUACCUUAUGGCAUUGGGAGGAGGCAAAUGAUGCAAAUGAUAUAUUUGCAUCAUUUGCCUUAUGGGACUUAUGGCAUUGGGAGGAGGCAGCUAGUUUCUUGUAGUCAGGGCAGUAGGAGCUGGUUGCAAGCCUUAGGCAGGCCACCAGGUGAAUGUCUGUCAUUGUGGAUCUGUACUUUGAGAAAGCAGUCUCACACAAAUAAGUUGAUCCAAAAAGUGCAGCCAAGUCCAAGGUACAUCUUCUGAGGUUGGGAUAUUUUUGUUCCAGCAGCAGGUCCAGAAGUCUCCUUUCUUGCCGGGUGUUGCCCUGGAUUUGAUCUCAAUAUCAUUUUGCAGUGUGAGAAUCUCACUCUCAACAACAGAGCUAUCCAGUUCAAACAGUGCUACUACUUUGGAAGCCAUGUAAUCCACAAUGAUGACCUCCCCAAACGGAAAACACAGAUAGCUGGCAACAGGCUCAAUGGAUGUAAAGUCAGUAAAACGCUUCUCAGUUUCUGACAAGAUGCUUUGAACUUGCUCCUCAUAACGUGCACUGUCAAGCUGUGCAGAAUCUUUGCCAUGACGCUGGAUUUCUGUAUGCAUGUGAGGAAAGUUUUGCAGGUCACAGCAUUGCAGAAUACUUGAAAGCAGUUGCAGCUUGCUUUUAAAUGUAUUCACUGAACUAAUCAUGUUGAUCACAUGUUUAUCUUGACCCUGGAGCUCUAAAUUCUAAUCAUUGAGCAUGUGCAAAACCUGCUGAAACAGGGCAGAUUCUAAACUAGUCCCAUUUUUUGGCAUGCCUAGAUGCUCUCAAGAAAGCUUCAACAAACAGCUACCUAUGAGGAUGGAGGGGCUUGAUAAAACCUAUUAUAAAAUUAAAUCCACACAAAAUGUUUUCUGGCAGCUUGGGCACCAUUGGACUCCCCUAAUCUAUAUUGUUUUUAAUUCUUAGGCCCUCAAUUUUAUUCUGCUUGUAUGUAUGAUUUUAGAUAUUUUCCUAGACUGACAUUAUGAUCUGUGUACUACACUUCAAAUAAAAUAUUCCUGGUAGGCUGCACUUAGAGCUUGUGUAAUUCUACAAGAUUAAAAAAAAAAAAGUGUCAUCUUAUCAUUUAUCCAAAAUUGAUGCAUUCUAUUUAAUUUGUUCUGCAGCGUGAAAGCCACUAAAUAACUCAGAAGCUCUCUAGACAUAGAUCAUAAAUUUUUCUGCAUUUCAUUUUGUUUUAAUAAUUAGAAUUCAUUUUUAGGCAGAAAAAUAUAUUCUAAAAGCUUUUUGGGGUGUAUGACUAAGAAGAUUGAAUGCCAAUAUAGCUUUUUAGAAAAUUGUUGCCAGACAAGAAAUUACAGCAUAACAAAGAAUGGAGGAUGCAUCAGCUUUGAAUAUAUGUCAUAGCUAACAUAGGCCUUGGUUUAAUAUUUUUUUGAUAAUCUUAAUAAACUUUUAAAAUGGUAUUAUAUUUUGAAAAAUAUUUUCAUAUUUUUUAUCUUUUUUUAUAUAGAUAUUUUGUUAUAUAUGAUACAUUUUUUAUAUUAUAAUAUUUUGAUUUUUUUUCUGUAAGUUUAUCCAAAAAUAUUUCAUCUUUAGAAUAGAUUAUCCAAAAAUAUUAAAUGGAGGCAUAGCAUGAAAGGUCAAUCAUAAUUUAAAUACCACCAUUUUUGGUCACAAUUCUGAUCUAGUGUACAUAAAGUAAAUUGUGAAUAUAAAACCUCAUGUUAGAUAUUUAAAUAUUUUAAAUUCCUUCUGAGUCUAUUUAGUCAAAUGUUAACCAAUAAGUUCUAAAUAACAGAGCAUAGGGCUUGUAGUAGUUGAUGCUCUGAAAACUUCAGACUCAAAUCUACUGGUAUUCGCAAGAUCUUGGCAUUGUUAGUAGAUGGUAAUUUUCUAACAAGGUCUGCUUGGAAGUAUAGUAAACUAAAUACAUCACAGUAGUUCAUAUGAUAUGUUUAUUUGUAAACAUAUGAGAUGUGAGUUGCAUUUACUAAACUGUGGACUGCUAGAUUUUAGAAGGUGAUGAUUAAACUGUGGAUGUUGAGAUUUUAGAAAGGGAUAGCUAAAUUGUGGAUCUCUUGAUGAUUGCAGUUACAAUUCCCAUAAAUAAGUGUUAGCGAAAAGCAAGUGACUUGGUAAAAGAUCUCGCAGAGCACUCUGCUGAACAGUUGGAGAUUCCAUAUUACACUACUCCUGGCAUAAGGGAUUAAAAGAGAUUCCAUUUAGUAAUCCAAGGUAUUCCUUAAAAAUAGCUACUAUAGACAAAAAAAGCAACAUAACUGAUUAUGUGUUAAGUAAGACCAAUUUUAUCCCCACAUGGAAAGCUACAUUAGGUCUUUAACAUGUGGUAUGAUUUAAACGUUUACUGGUAUUCCUCAUUAUGUAAUAAUAACUACUGAGUGCUGAGAUUUUACGUGUGCUACUUGACAUGCUUGGAGAAACUUUUCUACUGACAAAAGAGAGUACAUUAGGUGGCAAAAGUAAACACAACAUAUAUUAUGUAAAAAUAGCAUUGAAAAAAAAGAAUCAAGUGAAAAUAGUUAUGUUUAUUUGUUGUGAAAACCUCAACUCAACCCACUAGGCAGUCUUAUCAGUGAUAGCACAGAGGAGAUUUCUAUGUUGUUAAUGUAUCAGUCAAGAACUGGCAGACAAAUGUGUAUAUAUUUAGAUUCAGGAUUGAACCAGGUCCCACAGUGCCCCCAACGUCCUGCUCCUGACUAGCUCCUAUAUUUUGCAUAGAUCCUAGUUUAUCGAAUUAGAAAAUGCAAUUCAUGGUUAUUAAUGAAGAACAUAUAUUACAAAUCUGCUGUAAUUAAAAGAACUAGGAGACCUUCAUAUACUCCACACAUGCAGUUUUCAUGUUUAUAUUUAAUAAUGCAACCUAUUAACAGUUAGUUAAUUAUAAAAAUAUUUUACUAUGUUUCUGUGUUUGUUCAUAUUUUUAAUCUAUAUUGUGAUCAAUAAGUCCCAACAUCUAGUGUACAGUGUGACCCAUAAGUAGGACAUUUAAAAUACAGGAUUACAUAUAGCUUUCUAAAUAAGUUAAAGCUUACUAAUGGUUCAAAUAAAGUUUAAAAUACAAUGCACUGUCAUGUUUUGCCUGCUUUCUUCCUUUUUAUAGUUGGUGAAUUGAUAGUUUCUCCACAGAGCCGUACAUGGGAGGCUUUUCACAGAUAGCAUGUAGUUUGAAGUGAUAUAUGAAUUAGACCAUUGAUGACUAUGUUUGGCACAUAUUCUUCUAAACCACAUUUCCUAAGAGGCUCGGUCAUCCUUAGGGCUUGGCUGAAAGGGAUGCUCUAAGCAUAUUAACUGCUACAGUUGGUUGUGGUUGGUUACAAGUGCCAAUUGUUUUUGAGUAGGUAGACACAAACGAAGGUUCCCUCUCAGUGAACGCAUGGUCCAGCCCUUUGCCUACCAGACUGCUAUUGUGAAAUUUCCACUUCCACAUUAGCAAUAUCAAGUUCUUCCAAAUUUGGAUAACAAUGAUUGGCUGAAAGCGCAAACUGGAAUACUAAGCCAAUCAAUAUUGGCAAAUUAAUAUUGUCAAUGUGGAUGUGGAAAUUCCGAUUGAGCAAUCCAUGAAAUGAGGAGUUGGAUCACAGGGCCAGUGAAACCCUAGACAAGGGAAAUGGCAACCCAGCCUACAGGCAUCUGCAGCACUAAAAAAUAUCAGAAUAGGUGCUCAGGUACUUCAUAAUACAUGCAAGUGUAGAAAAGUGCAUAUGCAGCUCAAGAUGGUCAAUGGUCUUCACAAUCAACCAAUAAAAAAAAGUAAAAUACACACAGUGCAUAGGUAAUGCCUAAUAAUAAACCCACACAAUAAACAGUGGAGAUACAAUGCUCUCCUUCCAUAUGCUUGAGACACUGAAAAACAAUAUUUAUAUAUUACAAUAAGAAAGAAGAAAGCAAGAGUGAUUGUUAAUAACUGGAAUGGGAGUUCAGGAUUGACAGAUUAGUGGUUGAUUUUUUUAGUUUUUAUACACAUGAACCUCUGCAGUUCAAUACAGUCGUCACUAAAUAGGAAGAAGUGAGUAUUGCUUUCAAAUCAAUUAAAUAUAUCAUUUGCAAGUACAGCGUUUACAAGCGCCUCGGUUAACAUAAUUUACGGUUUACAAAUGAAAACCCAUUGAAAAUAAUGCCUCGGUUUGCAAAUUUGUUUCGCAAUACAAAGCAAAUUUCCCCUGGAUGCAUGGCACCUGGGAGGUUUAUAGUACCGCCCCAUGCAUGCUGGAGCCUGUGGGUAGCACGUUGCAUAGAGUGUGAAGGUGUUGGAGCGGCUUUUGUAUCGAGUUUUGGAGCCAUUCUGGGAAUUGUUUGCAGUUGUUUUGGGACUUUUUGGUGCAUUUCUCAAGCUGUGGAAAGGUAGGGAGCUGAGCUUCGUCAUUUGUAUACCUUUUAUUGUGUGUUCUGUAUUGUGGGUUGGUUUCCAUGCCAGCUCAUUUUGACUUUUUUUCUGACCUCCAGAACUGAUUUAUUGGUUUUCAAUGCAUUCCUAUGGGACACCGCAUUUCGGUUUACACAUUUUUCGCAAUAAGAAAUGUCCCGGAGAACGCAUUAAAUUCGUAAACCGAGGUUUCACGAGGUAAAUACUAUUUAUUUAAAAAAUAUUUUACCAGGAAAGAUACUUCAAGUAUGUCAUUUUCAAUAUGCAUUGCUUUAGGAGCUGUAAUCAAUUAAGUCAAACAGUUGUGAUUCUCGAAAUAGCAUUACUCAUGUGACAGGUCAUGUGACAGAAGAAAUCUGCAAUAUUAGGAGGAAUGUAUAAUUUAAUAAAUUGGUCCUAUUAAAUGAUUUGCUGUAUUCUUUCUAUAGACUAUGUUUUUCUGUUAUUAUUUUUGGUUGCUAAUCUAACAUAGAGCUGUAAUAUUUCAUAUUCAAAACAGCACAUUGCAGAUAUCAGCAGAAAUAUACAGAGAAUGAAAUAUACAUAGAUUAAACUCUGUACACAAAUUCUCUAUUGUGCAUUUGAAAUGCCUUUGCUUAGUUACUUAGCUGUUCAGUAAAUCACUUACUCAUCAAACAUACAGUGCAUAUAAAUUACUCUCUUUGUGGUAUAAUUUCUUUAACAUUCCUUAUCCAUUGUGUAUUUUGGCUUUGGCUAUUAGCUGACAUUUGUUUUGUAACAGAGAUUAGAUUGGCUCAUAUUUUUAUUUAUUUUACAUUGAUUGCCAUUUCCAUGUCUGUGUACAGCAAGUGGUGGUUCAUUUUAACCCAUUUAAAAUCAAUAGCUUGUAAGAAUUGUUACAAUAAUAUGAGUUUGCCUAACCCAACCAUCUAGAAGUUAAAUUAUUUUUUGUACUAAAAUGUGUACAAAUGUUUCCCAAAUCCUGAAAACAUACCUGUCAUUAGUUGCAUAAGCAUUUCCAGCUCAAAAGAUGCACAGCAUUUUUGCUCAUCACAUAUUUCCUUGUUAACACUGUGCAUUGUUUAGUCAAAUGCUUCUCGCAGAGAAGCAUCAAAGACAAAUUUAUAGUCCAAUGCUUAUCAUAGAGAUGGGUGGUUUUAUUGAGAUUUAGAGAUUCAUAAAAAUAAAAAAUAAAUCAUGGCUCAAUGCAUAUCAAUGGAGAGUACACAUCAUCACCAUGUAGAGCAUGGAGAUGCCAAACAUGACAAUCAGUCUCAGUGACAGCCACGAGUGGUGGUCAUAGGAGGCAGUGUAAACAGUGCUUUUUUUAUUUUAUUUUUCAAAAAGGCAGUGUUGUCUUUGUGGAGACUGCAGGGAAAGUCUCUUUGCACCAGAACCACUACAUUUAGCUGUAGCAGUUAUGGUGCUUAAAGUGGCCCAAUAAAUAUGUAUAGCAUAUUGGGAUACAACUUCUUUAUGUUUUUGUUCAUACAUUUGAGCUGUAGCCACUGAUGCUGCGCAAGAGUAGUGGGAAUUGACUGCAGGGCCUAUUUCUGUGUGUUGUAAGUAUUAGAUCAGGUGCUGUUUUCAUUUUGGUUUUUUUUCUGAGCCAAAUGCUGAUUUGCUACUGCGGACUACAAUUAUGAAUAUGCUCUGCCUACCAAUGGAUGAGGUUGAUUGGAGUUUAUUACACAUAAGCACUUUAGCAAGCGAUAGUCUUACUGUCCUGAUACAUGAUGCAUAUUUUAACUCUUACCAGUCUCAAACAGGAUUUCACUAAGAAUGAUAGGAGUUGUAGUCCAGUAGGGGCAGACAACUACUUGCUCAGUUUCGUACUUAAAAAAAAGGGGUAUAAAUUCCAACAAAGUAGCUUGUGGGGUUUUCUAUUUUACUCUGACCUCUGCAUGUUUUGUGUUUUUGCUAUAUAUAUUUUUUUUUUAUCAGAAAGUUAGAAAAUCUAAUUACCUGGCAGCAGGUACUUUAACACUGUCAGUGUUAUUUGCUAAAGUGAAAAUUCAAUGUGAAUUUUUUUAACUUAAAUAUCAAAUUCACUUUGAAUUCUCAUUUUAGUGAAUGAUCCUACCCAAUCAUGAGCAGUCUGUUCAAGACGUCUGCUGACACCAAAUACAAAAAUUACAUCAAAAUGAUGUUGCCAGCCAGGAAGAGAAUUUUCCUGCUGACUGAUUGUCAGCCCAAGGAGGCUGCCCUAAACAAAGAAAAAUACAUUUGUCUCUAAAAUGAAACUUUUUUUAAAACAUAAGACUGCAGGGGAAGAGCUUUGCUCCAAAACCACUUCAGUAAGAUAAAGAGGUCAUGAUGCAUAGAGUGACCCUUUAAUAACAUUUAGUAAAUAUGCUUUUGGGCUUCUAUAGAAAAGGUACAAUUAUACAGAUACAAAAUACAAGACUCAGUGAAUGUAAACUCGAAAACACCUGUGGGGGAUUCCCUCACCCACACCUUACAAUUAUACCAAAAAUGGUUGUUGUUUUUCUAUAGAAAAGGUGACCGUUAAAUUGCAUGACUAUAUCAACUUAUUUUAAGAUUUUUUCAUCUCCAAGGUAAUUUAUCAAAUAUAUGUAUAUUGCUGUGGAUAAUGUUCCUAACACAUUGCUCACAUACAGGGAGUGCAGAAUUAUUAGGCAAAUGAGUAUUUUGACCACAUCAUCCUCUUUAUGCAUGUUGUCUUACUCCAAGCUGUAUAGGCUCGAAAACCUACUACCAAUUAAGCAUAUUAGGUGAUGUGCAUCUCUGUAAUGAGAAGGGGUGUGGUCUAAUGACAUCAACACCCUAUAUCAGGUGUGCAUAAUUAUUAGGCAACUUCCUUUCCUUUGGCAAAAUGGGUCAAAAGAAGGACUUGACAGGCUCAGAAAAGUCAAAAAUAGUGAGAUAUCUUGCAGAGGGAUGCAGCACUCUUAAAAUUGCAAAGCUUCUGAAGCGUGAUCAUCGAACAAUCAAGCGUUUCAUUCAAAAUAGUCAACAGGGUCGCAAGAAGCGUGUGGAAAAACCAAGGCGCAAAAUAACUGCCCAUGAACUGAGAAAAGUCAAGCGUGCAGCUGCCACGAUGCCACUUGCCACCAGUUUGGCCAUAUUUCAGAGCUGCAACAUCACUGGAGUGCCCAAAAGCACAAGGUGUGCAAUACUCAGAGACAUGGCCAAGGUAAGAAAGGCUGAAAGACGACCACCACUGAACAAGACACACAAGCUGAAACGUCAAGACUGGGCCAAGAAAUAUCUCAAGACUGAUUUUUCUAAGGUUUUAUGGACUGAUGAAAUGAGAGUGAGUCUUGAUGGGCCAGAUGGAUGGGCCCGUGGCUGGAUUGGUAAAGGGCAGAGAGCUCCAGUCCGACUCAGACGCCAGCAAGGUGGAGGUGGAGUACUGGUUUGGGCUGGUAUCAUCAAAGAUGAGCUUGUGGGGCCUUUUCGGGUUGAGGAUGGAGUCAAGCUCAACUCCCAGUCCUACUGCCAGUUCCUGGAAGACACCUUCUUCAAGCAGUGGUACAGGAAGAAGUCUGCAUCCUUCAAGAAAAACAUGAUUUUCAUGCAGGACAAUGCUCCAUCACACGCGUCCAAGUACUCCACAGCGUGGCUGGCAAGAAAGGGUAUAAAAGAAGAAAAUCUAAUGACAUGGCCUCCUUGUUCACCUGAUCUGAACCCCAUUGAGAACCUGUGGUCCAUCAUCAAAUGUGAGAUUUACAAGGAGGGAAAACAGUACACCUCUCUGAACAGUGUCUGGGAGGCUGUGGUUGCUGCUGCACGCAAUGUUGAUGGUGAACAGAUCAAAACACUGACAGAAUCCAUGGAUGGCAGGCUUUUGAGUGUCCUUGCAAAGAAAGGUGGCUAUAUUGGUCACUGAUUUGUUUUUGUUUUGUUUUUGAAUGUCAGAAAUGUAUAUUUGUGAAUGUUGAGAUGUUAUAUUGGUUUCACUGGUAAUAAUAAAUAAUUGAAAUGGGUAUAUAUUUGUUUUUUGUUAAGUUGCCUAAUAAUUAUGCACAGUAAUAGUCACCUGCACACACAGAUAUCCCCCUAACAUAGCUAUAACUAAAAACAAACUAAAAACUACUUCCAAAAAUAUUCAGCUUUGAUAUUAAUGAGUUUUUUGGGUUCAUUGAGAACAUGGUUGUUGUUCAAUAAUAAAAUUAAUCCUCAAAAAUACAACUUGCCUAAUAAUUCUGCACUCCCUGUAGAAGCUUUAUAUAUGUCUUUAUUUUAUUCAAUAGUAGUAAAAUUUCCUAGAGAGUAGGAUGCUGGCAAGUGCUGCAUAUAAUAUUAUUCUCAGGCUUAGGUUACCCUUUGUAUCAUAUGUACCCAUUUUGCACUAUUUUUUGUGUUCCCUUUAUUCUUUUCUAUGCAUUUAACAAAUCAAGAGCUCUUGCCUGAAGAAUUCAUGCCAAUGAUCCUUAAUCCAGUGCAUAUCUGUGAAUAUGUGUUUCUUUUUCUUCAAUGUUUUCCUCACCACUCAAUCUAUGUACACUUGCUAUAGCAAAUAAUAUUGAUAAUACAUUAUUUAAACUAGACACUAACAGUACAGUAACUACUCUUGGAUUACAUGGUACAAGGUUCUUCAUCCCUUACUAAAUUAUUUUAUGUCCUGUGGCCCUACAGUCCGUCAUUUGAACAGCAGUAUUUUAGAUUCCCCUGAUGUGCAGUUUGGGCUGCAUCUCUUCAGGUGGAGGUAGAAUCUGGUAAUUUCUCUAGUAUAAGUCUUGUAUUUGUUUUCUUUAUCUUCAACGGAGAUUCUGAACAUUUUUAGAAGCUAAAGUAAGGCCCUUUCUUUAAAACUGUUAUCUCAUCCUGGGAUUUGUUUUCUAUAUUCGAUGAGUAUAUUAUAUACAGGUGAUACUUUAAAAGUUAGAAUAUCGUGCAAAAGUUCAUUUACUUCAGUAAUGCAACGUAAAAGGGGAAACUAAUAUAUGAGAUAGACGCAUUACAUGCAUAGCAAGAUAGUUGAAACCGUGAUUUGUCAUAAGUACGAUGAUUAUGGCUUACAGCUCAUGAAAACCCCAAAUCCACAAUCUCAGUAAAUUAGAAUAUUACAUGCAAUCAAUAAAACAAGCAGUGUACAUAGAACAAUAUCGGACCUCUGAAAAGUAUAAGCAUGCAUAUAGACUCAGUACUUGGUUUGGGUCCCUUUUGCAGCAAUUACUGCCUCAAUGCGGCUUGGCAUGGAAGCUAUCAGCCUGUGGCACUGCUGAGGUGUUAUGGAAGACCAGGAUGCUUCAAUAGCGGCCUUCAGCUCUUCUGCAUUGUUCGGUCUCAUAUCUCUCAUCUUUCUCUUGGCAAUGCCUCAUAGAUUCUCUAUGGGAUUCAGGUCAGGCGAGUUUGCUGGCCAAUCAAGCACAGUAAUCCCACGGUCAUUGAACCAGGCUUUGGUGCUUUUGGCAUGCUAGAAAAUUAAGUCAGCAUCCCCAUAAAGCUCAUCUGCGGAAUCAAGCAUGAAGUGCUCCAAAAUCUCCUGGUAGAUGGCUGCGUUGACCCUGGACUUAAUGAAGCACAAUGGACCAACACCAGCAGAUGACAUGGCUCCCCAAAUCAACACAGACACAGAAACUUCACACUGGACUUCAAGCAUCUUGCAGUGUGUUCCUCCAGACUCUGGGUCCUUGGUUUCCAAAUGAGAUGCAAAAGUUGCUCUCAUCAGAAAAGAGGACUUUGGACCACCAGGUCUGUUUUUCUUUAGCCCAGGUAAGACGCCUCUGACGUUGUUUGUUGUUCAGGAAACGGCUUGACAAGAGGAAUACGACAUCUGAAGCCCAUGUCCAGGAUCCGUCUGUGUGUGGUGGUUCUUGAUGCACUGACUUCAGCCUCAGUCCACUCCUUGUGAAAGUCCCCAACACCUUUGAAUGGCCUUUUCCUGACAAUCCUCUCCAGGCUGCGGUCAUCCCUGCUGCUUGUGCACCUUUUUCUUCCACACUUUUCCCCUCCACAUAACUUUCUAUUAAUGUGCUUUGAUACAGCACUUUGGAAACAUCCAACUUUGUUUGCAAUUACCUUUUGAGGUUUUCCCUCCUUAUGGAGGGUGUCAAUGAUGGUUUUCUGCACAACUGUCAGGCCAGCAGUCUUCCCCAUGAUUAUGAUUCCUACUGAACCAGACUGAGAGACCAUUUAAAGACUCAGAAACCCUUUGCAGGUGUUAUGGCUUACUUAGCUGAUUAGAGUGGGACACUGUGAGCCUAGAAUAUUGCACCUUUUCACAAUAUUCUAAUUUACUGAGAUUGUGGAUUUGGGAUUUUCAUGAGCCAUAAUCAGUGCACUAAUGACAAAUCACGGCUUGAACUAUCUUGCUUUGCAUGUAAUGCAUCUAUUUCAUAUAUUAGUUUCCCCUUUUACGUUGCAUUACUGAAAUAAAUGAACUUUUGCACAAUAUUCAAAUGUUUCAAGUAUCACCUGUAGGGAGCUUUCUGUAAUAUCUUUGAAAGCUUGAUGAUAACCAUUUGUAAACAAGAGACAUUUUAGACUAUUGUUCACCGUCAGUCAUGGUUACAAUUAAUUUAAGAAUAUGUAUUAUCAAUUAAGUGGUUAAUGACAUGUAUGGUUAUAGCUUUGAAUAUAUAGAAUAUUCUUAAAGAGACAUUCCAAGUACCAUAAUCACACAGCCUAUUGCACUGGAAGUAGUUGGUGAAUUAAGUUCUUCUUAGGUUUUUGGCAACCUGUUUCCAAACAGAAUAGCAAGCAUUGCAUGAUUUCACAGCUCCCUAUAUGCAGCCUUGUAAAGGGAGAAAUCAUAGCGACAACAUUAAUUUAUGUAUCCAAAAUAUUUUAAAGAUAUGAACAGUUAUUCCAUGCCCAUGCUGAGUAUCCUCCUGUACCAGCUCCUGUUCUGCCCAGUACCCUUCCAGUACCAAGUUUACCUCUCACAAUUCCUUUGCGCUGCAUGCAAUACAAAAAUGAUGGACACAUAAUGAGGUGAACUUGACAGCUUCAACAGAAAGGCUAGGCAUAGGCUAUUGUAGAAUCCUUCGUCUUUUGACAAACUACUUGAAAAUGGUUUAAUAAUAUAUAUAUAUAGUAGAGACUGUAGCUGUAUUAGUCCAGUGAUGUAGAUGUAAAAAACAGAUAACAUUCAGAUCUUGUAAUACAUUUUUUAUUGGACUAACAGAAUUUUUUAAUGACAAGCUUUCGGGAGAACCUCCCUUUCUCAAGUCUGAAGCAUUUCUGAGCAAGAUGACACAUAGAAUUCAAACUUGAGUUAUGAUAGGGGUUAAAGGACCACUAUAGGCACCCAGACCACUUCAGCUCAUUGAAGUGGUCUGGGUGCCAGGUCCAUCUAGGGUUAACCCUGCCUGCUGUAAACAUAGCAGUUUCAGAGAAACUGCUAUGUUUACAUAUGGGUUAAUCCAACCUCUAGUGGCUGUCUCAUUGACAGCCCCUAGAGGCGCUUCCGCGCUUCUCACUGUGAUUUCCACAGUGAGAAGAUGCCAGCAUCCAUAGGAAAGCAUUGAGAAAUGCUUUCCUAUGGACCGACUCAAUGCGCGCGCAGCUCUUGCCGCGCAUGCGCAUUCAGCAGAUAAUGUCGGAAGGAGGAGGAGAGUCCCCAGCGGCGAGGGAGCCCCGCGCUGAAGAAAGGUAAGAUUUUAACCCCUUCCUCCCCCUUCAGCCCGGCGUGAGUGGGACCCUGAGGGUGGGACCUAUUAACACUAUAGUACCAGGAAAAUGAGUUAGUUUUCCUGGCACUAUAGUGGUCCUUUAAAGCAACAUGAGUACAGAUAAGACACAGGUUUGAUAGACAAUUGACAACAUUCUUGCUAUAUAUAAACUCCUAGCACUAUAACCACUGCAAUAAGCUUUAGUACUUGAUCAUCCCCCUGAUAAAACAAAUAUAUAUAUAUAUAUAUAUAUAUAUGUAUAUAACACAGUAUUUUAUUACUGGCCUAUGCAUUUUUGAUUAGUAACAAUUUGGUUAUGUUUGUCACUUUUCUAUGGUAAAUCAAUUUGUAAUUGUGAUCAUAUUUUAUUUGUUUGUCUAUAUUUUGUCCAUUUGAAUCUAUUAUUAACCUCUAUGAUUGUGCUUUGCUAAAAUGUUGUGAAUCCUGUCCGACAAUAGAAAAAUAGCAUGCCAUUUGCAAAGUAACAUGUGGUAUGCGUCAUCUAACAAUGUCAGUAUUUUUCUAGUUAAACUAAAAGAUACUUACCAUAGUUAUGAGUUUAAUAAAUACAUUGAAACCGUACAUCUAGUAAAUGUACAUUUUAUACUUCCUACAAAGUACAAUUCCCAUGCUGUAAUAUUUCAAAUAGAUGUGAGUUUCUGCUAUUACCGUGCACCUUCAAUGUUUCAGCUGCACAGUAUUAAAAUCACUGUGUAAGAUAGAAACCCUUACAAUCCAUUUCUAGAGGACAAGCCACAAUACUGUACUGCAAUCUGACUGGGUCCAGGCAAUCAGUCCAUGCUAUUUCCCGUUGUAGCAAUAGCCAUGUGGUGGUUUUCUCAAGUCAUGUAAAUGAUACAAAAUAUCAGAAAGUGGUUCUAGUGCUGAACUUGAAAUUCAUGAAAAAUAAAUGAAAACUUGCAACCCAGUCUUUGCUUUGUUUGUCUUUACUUCUCUUAUGUUCCCUGUCAUGUAUAAGAUUUAACUUUGUUUAAUCAGAGGUUUAAACAUGUCCGCCAUUAGGAAGGGUUGACUAGAGUAUCGGCUAUGCACCCCACACCUUCAGGUUCUCUGUACACCAGAGGUUUGUUUUGCAUUGAAUCCCAUUUUUCAGUGGCUGCAGUUGAAGGGUUAUGCCUCUCUUCAGUGCACACACCUCUCUUGCACUGCUGCCGUGAGAGCACUAGAAUGAAACCAACGUGCCAUUACAAUGGCUUUCAGCAGAGUGACUCAGAUAUGUUCAGUGAGGAAAAGCAUGAUAUCCAAACUGAUGUACAGAGACCAUCACGUAAAACAAAACCGUACAUACAGGAAUGACCAAUAACUGUUAUUUAAGUAUUUCUUAACCUUCUGUAAGUUUAAUUUUAAAAUGAAAGAGAAGCAAUCACAAAAGCUCAAGUUCAUAUAUAUAGAAUUCAAACUUGAGUUAUGAUACAAGGGUUAAAGGACCACUAUAGGCACCCAGACCACUUCAGCUCAUUGAAGUGGUCUGGGUGCCAGGUCCAUCUAGGGUUAACCCUGCCUGCUGUAAACAUAGCAGUUUCAGAGAAACUGCUAUGUUUACAUAUGGGUUAAUCCAACCUCUAGUGGCUGUCUCAUUGACAGCCCCUAGAGGGGCUUCCGCGCGUCUCACUGCACUGAGAAGCGCUGCAGAAUGUGUUGGCGCUUUAUAAAUAAUAAUAAUAUACAGUCACUGAAAAGAUCGAUUAAAUCUAACUCUAUAGCGCGACUUUAAAAAAGAUUGGCAAUAUCUGACUCAAUGUUACAUUAAUUCACCUAGAUUUAGUACAAAUAACCCACUCUUAUCGCUUGCUACUGUGAGUUAGAUAUCUGAUCUCCCUACGAAAAAAUAUCCAAGUGGGAUUAUCUUCAAAGUGAAGUGUCGGCAAUAAAUCUGAACUGUCAAAUAAAGUAACCUAUAGAGGGAUUUUUAAAAUGAUUUUUUAUUAUGCUAGAAACAAAGGCAUGACACUUCCACUAUGAAGCAGAUCAGAAAACUGAACAGAAAGCACAUCUCAUUUCCACUUUAGAACAAAAGAAAGUUUGAUUUGUACACAGACACAAUUAUUACAACUCUGUUCUCUUAUUUAUUUCUUUAGCAGUUUUAAAGAAUUCAUGGUUCCCUGGCAAGAAGUUCAACAUACAGAAUUUCUGAUUUGAUGAGAGAGAGGCUGGUGUGAUGAAACAGAAAAUCAAGAUCCAAGAUCCAUUUACUGUGAUGAUUGUCAUUUUAAAGUUGAGGAGAAGAAGAUAUGGCAUGUAUCUAAAUUUGGUAUAACCAACAAUUAACUAGGUUGCUGGCCUUGCAGUAGUCUGAUAAACCAGUACUCUGCAAAAAGAACUUGAACAUUUGCGGUUUUAAUAAAUUUACAUGUAAGACCACAUUCUGAUAUUCUGUUUUUGUAAGGUCUGUUACAUAGAACAGGCUAAUAACCUGAAAUUCAACUUUGUUUUUUUUUGUUUUUUUUAAUCUAUGGUCCCAAUUAUGUUUGGCAAGCCCUUUAUGCUAGUUGAGCAUCAUGGGAAAUGUUUUUCACAUACAAUUGGGCUGUCAAGCUUAGGUCUCAUUGACCUGGAACUUUCUGUAUUAAUGUAUUUCCCUUAUUGCUGCUUACCUGCAAAUACAACUUAACUAAUACAUUAGGCAUACAUUUUGUCAACAUGACUAUGCUGAAUAAACCAACUAUGGAAUAUAGAAAGUGUUUUAUUUGUAAUGUUUGUGAAACUCAACAUCAUAUUUAAUAAACUUACAAUAAUAUUAAAA